AUGGACUUUGAAAUAGAUGUUAUUUUUGAGGUUCAGGGAGGGAUCUUGUUCUCUGUUGAAGUUAAUCGCUUUGAAACGAUCCGUGAUGUCAAAGAGAAGAUCCAAAGCAUUCACCAAAUUCCCAUUUCCCAACAAAACUUCCUCUUCAAUGGCCAGUUUCUUGAAGAUCAUCUCUACAUUUAUACAACUCCAAUCCUUCACGGCUCCCACGUUCACCUCGUUGUCGCCACAGCAGAUGCGGCAUAUAUUGCGCAGCCACGGAUGCCUAUCCAUGGCCAAUUUUUACCUGCACAACCUGUGCCAGAGCUACAACCGUCAACGCUUCUGAGUCACGAAUACGAUCCGUUUGUGAUGCCGGAGAUUUCAUCGUCAACGCAGCUGAUGCAGCAGCGGCCAUCGCCGCCUCCACCGUUAACGUGUAUACCAAAUCCUCAGCCGGUGACGACGGUGACGGUGAACGUGAAAAUGCCUAAGUCGAGAGAUCGCGUCCGUAUAGAGUCAGACAGAAAGGAUACCGUUCGGAAGCUGAAGGAGAAGAUUGCUGCGCAGGAAGACAUGCAAGGCGUGCCUCUGGAUAGGAUUGUGCUGCAGUUGCAUUCAAUGCGUCAGGAAUUGAAAGAUCAGGCGACUCUGGAAGAUUGUGCGAUUGUAGAGAAUCCUGAGAUCGACGUGUUCUUGAAACCGGCUCUUCGGGGGACAGGUAGCAACAAGGGCGGUAGCAGCAAGGGGGGGAGCGGCAGGGGCGGUAGCAGCAGAGCGCAGUCUGGGAAGGUGAAGGUGAAGGUGGUGCCGAUGGAAACAAAGGAGAGGAUUGAGAUUGAGAUGUUUCCUCUGGACAUGGUGUCCUUGUUGAGGCAGAAACUGGACGAGUUGCACCGGACGUUAGGGUUCCGUCUUCCUGAAGAUGGUCGUUACUUUUUCAUUCACAGACAGCAAGUGAUGGAUGAAGAUCAGUCCUUUUAUUGGCACGGAGUUAGGGACGGCGACAUCAUCGAAACCUUUGAUGGAUUCGUUACUUCAGGCCCUGGCCACCGCUAG